UCCUCUUCUCCUCUUAGACCCACUCUCGACUCUUCUCCUCUCAGACUCAGUCUCGGUUAUUCUCAAUCACUCUCGCCCAGAUUUCUCACCCGAUCUCUCUGUCACUCUCUCUUUCCUCAACCGCUCUCUCUCUCAGCCGCUUUCUCGCAGUUUCACUCUCUCUCUCUCUCUCUCUCUCUCUCUCUCAGCCGCUCGUCUCAGUCACUCAGCCGCUCGUCUCAGUCACUCAACCGCUCUCGUCUCAAUCACAAAAUCACUGUCUCUCAAUCACUCAACCGCUCUCUCAGCCACUCUCUCUUAGUCACUCAGCCGGUUUCGCUCUCUCUGAGUCAUUCUCAGUCUCCCUCUCUCGAUUUUUUUCUGUUUCAGAAUUUAUUUGUUGAAGGCUAAGGAAAGGAUUGGCUUGCUUGCUGCCCUCCAUUUGCACAUAUCUGGCUCAUCAACGAUGGUGAACGAUUUAUUGGAGAGGCAUUUCAUGGCAUAUUCUGAAGGGCGUGAUUUCAUGUUCUGCGACUUGUGCGGGACUACGCUAACAUUGAGUUCAACUAAGCAUGCUCAAUGCCCCUUGUGCAAGCGUAAGAUAAGUGUGAAAGAAAUCUCCGGAAGACAAAUAUCUUACACAGCCACUGCUGAGGAUAUUAGAAGGGAGCUAGGCAUAUCAAUAAUUCGUGAAGAAAAAGUGCAAUUGCGAAAGACAGAUGCUAAAACAUGUGAAAAAUGUGGCCACAAUGAGCAUACAUAUUAUUCCAGACAGAUGCGAUCAGCAGAUGAAGGAGCAACUACUUUCUAUGUGUGCACUAAUUGCCAGCACCAGUUUACUGAGAAUUGAUAUGUCAGGUUAUAUAAUAGACUACGGGGAUCAAAAUGUAUGCGUUAUGUCACUAACAGAAAGCGUGUUCGUAAUUGAGUGUUGCGUAGACAUGUAGGAUAUUUAAGAUUUCUCUGAUAUCAAAUUUUAAAGUUGUACUGUACAUAGGAUUAGAAUAGAGUGAGUCAAGAAUCUUUAUAUCCUAUUUUUGCACCAAAUGUUAAUUGCAAAUUGUUU